AUGCAGGGAUGGGCCAAACACCAACAAGGAUACACGCCAUCAAAGAAACUAGCAGUCAUGGACGAAAAAGAAACAACCAGACAAGGUCCGAGCCAGCUGCUCGUGCUUCCGCUGUCGGACACGUCGGUCCUGCUCCUCUGGAGUCCCGUGCUCCAGUACGUGCCGGGAGGCGAGUACCGGGUGCGCGUCUCCAGCGGCAACUCCACGGGCGCUUUCGUGUACGUGGGUCUGGCCCUGUCGUACAUCUUCUCCAACCUGGACGCGACGCAGAACAAGACCUUCGAAGUGCAGUGGUUACUCCCUGCGGUGACAAAUGUGACACUGUCUUCGAUCACGACAUCAUCAGUCAACGUCAGUUGGAUCCUCGAAGACACUGAUGGCGUCGAUGGCUUCCAAGUGUCAUGGUGCGUCACCACUUCGUGCCCCGCGAAGCUAAACGACAUCACGGCACAAACGUUCAAGGUGAUCCAGUACCUGCAGGACUUCACCAAUUACACCAUCUUCGUGUGCACCUACCAGGACCAGCAGUACAAGACUUUCGUGGGGCCCUGCGUCAACGUCACAGUCAGGACACGGCCGGCACCCCCUCCAGGCCCAGUCGCCCUUCCGCUGAGCCAAACGUCCAUCAUCGUCCUGUGGGGCCCCAAGCCCAGCUGUCCUUCGAUAUCGUCGUACAGGAUACGCAUCGUCGCAGUCGGGAACACCACGGCGUUUCAGUACACCGAGCAGUUGUCGUACACCUACCAAAACCUCCAGCCGACCACCAAAUACAUGUUUCAGCUGGAGUGGUGCCCACUCGAAGGGAUUUGCAGUGAUCCGGUUGACGUGAGAGGAAGCACGGUGUAGGGCGGUUUCACCGGACAUAUAC